AUGAUUGAUCCUACCUAUCCACUUUUCCCCGUCUGUGCCUGCUUGGGCCUCGUCUUCGUACUCGUCCCGCUUCCUUGGCAUCUUCAUGCUUGGAAUUCUGGAACGUGUUUCUACAUAAUGUGGUCAUCCCUCGCAUGCCUCAACCAACUCGUCAACUCACUGUUGUGGGCGGACGACGUCCUCAAUAAGGCACCAGUAUGGUGCGAUAUUUCCAUUCGUAUCACCAUGGCCUCUUCCGUCGGCAUUCCUGCCGCCUCCCUCUGCAUAAAUCGUCGCCUCUACCAAAUCGCAAGUGUGAAAGCCGUGUCGAUUACACCUGCAGAGAAACGCCGUGCAAUUCUCGUCGACACACUCAUUUGUGUUCUAUUCCCCCUCGUUUAUCUUGCCCUUCAAUACAUCGUCCAGGGUCACCGUUUCAACCUCUACGAACAAAUCGGCUGCUCCCCCGCACUUGUCAACACCAUUCCCAUGUAUUUCAUCAACCUUAUAUGGCCCCCCUUGGUUGGAUGCGUCUCCGCAUGCUAUGGCAUCCUCUCUCUUCGCGCCUUCAUCCGCCAAAGGGCAUCUUUCGCACAAUUCCUUUCGCCGUCCGGAGCUUCCGGUCUCACGACAUCCCGUUACUUGCGUCUCAUGGCCUUGUCAGGCAUGGAUAUUCUAUUGACGACCCCCCUCGGAAUCGUGGCCAUCUAUCUGAACCUUACCGCGACCCCCGUUGUGCCUUGGGUAUCCCUUGCCGAUACUCAUUUUAUGUUCAGCCGCGUUCUUCAAGUGCCCGCGAUCUUUUGGAGGAACGAUCCUCUUCUUGCGCGGGCCAUUGAAUUCACUCGCUGGGUGGCCCCUGCCACUGCCCUCGUAUUCUUCGUCUUCUUCGGUUUCGCUGCGGAAGCAAGGAAGAACUACGGUGUCGCAUUUGGCGCGAUCGUACGAUGGUUUUGGCGCUUGCUUGCGUGCUGUGGUAUUCAGCGCCCCAGAACAGGGUUAUUUGCUGUCCGCAAUACCAAGCCUAUCGUCAACGCCGCCUUCAAGCCCCAACUUCGUCCUUCCUUCGUUACGAGCCAACCCCCCACCAAACUUCCUCCAAUUCGUCACUCUGCUCUUGCGAUCUCUCUUCCCCUUCCAUUAUACAGCACCAGCGGAUCCCUCACCGAAGUUACAUCCGCGUCACCAUCUGCGUCAGUCUUUACCGAUUUGACGGACCUCAAGCGCGCUCCUUCAUUCGCUUCAACUCGAGCAACGGCAGGGUACAUUUAUGAAGGCGAAGAGGGACAAGAGAGUGGUCGUCAGUCUCAAUCGCGAUUCGUGGAACAUCUUGGCCAAGUCUAUGACCUCGAGAAGGGUGUUCCGGAGGAGGAGCGAGAUGAGAACCGUCGGGACGAGCACCCCGACUACCUGCACCAAGCACACGAACACCCCGAAGUCGAGCUUGAGAUCGACACCCCAUCCUCCAUCACAUCGUUCCCGACUUCCUCCCCUUCUCCGACUUCGACGGCUUUCGACCCCUCUCCGCCUUGCCUCUUCAUCUUGCUUGGGCCUCGAGACCGUAUCCCGCAGUUUACCAACCGACAGCUGCUUCAUCGAUGGUCGAGCCAAUCCCGGAGUCGGAGCGGGACAGGGAUUCGUGGUCACCUUCUUCUGAGUCCGGAGACGGGCAAUCGAUUCGAAUGGAGCCCGUCCGACCUGCCUCGGCAGGGAGUCCGACCCGGGGGAGAACGCUGA